AUGUCACAAGCUCCUCCUCCGGAAUUGAUCCAAAAGGCAGCAAAUGCAUGUGCAACGGAUCAAAUUGAAGAGUUGCGAACAUUAAUUCCUAAUCAGGUUCCACCUGAUUCAGCAAUCAAAAAAUGUUUUAUUUCUGGUUUUAGACACUCAGGAGGUACUUUAUUACAUGUUUGCGCUCAUUUUGGAAGUACUAAUUGUGCAGCUUAUCUUAUUCGGCAUGGAGCAUCACCAAAUAUUAUUGAUAAAAAUCAUCGUACUCCAUUACUUCUAGCAUCAUGGCAGGGCUCAGUUCCCAUAGUUGUUGCUUUACUUCGUGCAGGUGCUGAUCCAAAUAUACAGGAAGAAUGCUCAUUUUUCCCCUUACAUAGAGCCGCAAUUAGAGGGUUUGCUGAUAUUAUACAACAUCUUGUCAAAGGAGGAACAGAUCCAAAUUGUGUUGAUUAUGAAGGCUAUACACCACUCCAUUUAGCAGCUAAAAGUAGCCAUUAUGAUGCAUGUGAGAUGCUUUAUCGUUUAGGGGCUGAUCCAAACAGAGCAAAUAAUUUUGUAUUCACACCAUUAGAUUUUGCUAAGAGAUAUGGCUUUGACGAUAUUGUGCAGCUUCUGACAACAUCUAGAUCGAAGCUUGUGUCAUCAAUGAGUAGCAGAGGCGAUCCUCUAAAAUCUGUUGGAUCAAAUUGUGAAUCUCAAAGUGCCGCAAGAGAAGCUAGUGUUAGAGAUUCAGCAAGUUCGCACAGAGAAGCCAGUAUCCUUAGUGGAAAUGCAAAAUAA